GGAGUGAUGAACAUGGCUGCGAUGCUGAGGGCAGCGUGUGUGUCCCUCACCCUCAGCCUCCUCUCCAGCCCGGCCGCCAGCCCCCACAGCCCGCCGCAGAGCUUCUUCUCCGACUUAAAACGGUGCGCGGACGAGGAGUGCAGCAUGCUGAUGUGCCGUGGCAAAGCAGUGCAGGACUUUAGAGGUCCCGACUGCCGCUUUCUGAAGAUUAAAACGGGGGAGACCAUUUACGUUUAUUAUAAGUUAUCGGGCCGCAGGAACAAUCUUUGGGCUGGAAGCAUGGGGAGUCAGUUUGGAUAUUUUCCUAAAGAUUUAAUUGAUGUGAAUUUAGUUUACACAACGGAUGAGAUUGAAAUGCCUGUAGAGGAGACAGAUUUUGUCUGUUUUGAUGGGGGACCUGAAAUAUUUGACCAUGUGGACUUGGAUCAGCUUGGAGGAGGAGGAUGGGUCAGCGAGGCUAAGAUGGAAUCUCACACCUUUACCAAUGAUGCUUCAAUAUCCAAAUCACAGGAAGAGGAUGAAGGUUCAGGACCACAGGCCCUGCAGAAAGAUAUAGAUUCUGGGUUUGAAAGGACCCCUAAAGUGCCUGAGAGAAACAUUGAAACUGAUGGGGCAUUAGAGAAGCUCCGACCAGAGAGCAGCCUCCCUUCCAACAGUGGCAUUGAGACGGAAGGUCGAGAUAGCAUUGAAGAUAUUAAAAGAAACAGCACAGAAAUCCUUCCCUCUGAAGAUGAAGCAUUUGAAGAAAAAACUACCCAGCUGGGUGAAAACGCAACAUCCCUGGAAGAGCACUGGGUAGGAGGCAAUGAGGCACGAGGUAGUGGACCCUCUGACUUAAAAAGCUCCAAAUUGACCACGGACUCCGGGGGGUUGCAGGCGGGGUCUUGGGGAGAUGGGGAAGGGCAAAGCGAAGGUGCCAAAGACAUUUCUCAGGGUCAAGGUAAACAAUGGGACUCAACAGAACGUGUGACCCUGGAACCUGAGCAAAUGGACUCUCUUCCACUUUUGGAAACCAGUUUGGGGUCAACCAUAGAUGCUGUGGUGACAGACGAUGAAGUAACAAGGAAAGUCACUGCACUUAAUGAAGAGCCUGAAUUUGAUGUUGAUGAUGCAGAGCUGAAGGACGUUCAGUGGUCCGAGUCUCCUGAGAAAGUGCCUCUGCUCACGUACUCGGAUGAUCAGAUGCAACAGCAGUCAGGGUUCCUGGGUGAGGACAUGCACCAAGAGGGAAAUGUUGACAGAAAACAAGUUGGAAAGUCCGUUGUAAGCAACGCUGGACGUAUUUCUGAUGCUCCUGAUCUGACAGUAAUUACUGUGGAUUCAGAAAGAAGUAAACUUGAACCAGUGGGGAGAAUGGAUGUAGCCAUAGAGGAAACAUUAGAUAAACCUCACAGAAUCGUAGGGAAAUUGUUGGGAAAUGUGGAUGGAUCUAUCGAGGAAUCGAUGGGAAAACUUCAUGGAACCACAGAUCCAUUGGAAAAAAUGGAUGGAGUCAGAAUGGAAAGAUUGGGAAAAAUGGAUGGAACCAUAGAGGAAACAUUGGGAAAUAACAACAGAGUAACGGAACAGGUACAGUAUAAAACCAAGGAUGAGCUUCCCAGGGGAGUGUCCAGCGAUGAGAGCGGUCAAAGUGGAGGCAUACUGACCACCCUGGGAGAAACGGUCUAUGCAAUUGUGAGUGGAGAUGAAUCCACAGCAAAGAUUAUAGACGUUUCUAGCUCUGAUUCCAAUGAAAUCCCAGAACGGAUACAGAAGAGCACCAGUAAAGAUUCAGAAGAAGCCAGAGGGAUAUUGUUGCUCAGUAUGUCAAAAGAGGAAAAUCGACUGGAUGUGGUUGGGUCCAUUGAAACUGACACAGCCACGGGCGAGAGAUCAGGUCCGACGAGAGAAGAUUCCAGGGAUACUGUUACAGGGAUUUUAGCAUCUGAUAAUCCUGAAAUGCCUCCCAAAAAGCCGUCAGAGGCGGGUAAAAUCAUUGAACCUAUGUCAAAGAGUCAAGAUCCUGAACUGCAUAAAGAGAGUGAGAUAAAAGUAAAGGUGUUAGGUUUGAGUGAGGAAACUGGAGCAGAUGAGGUUGGGGGUGAAGAAGGUUUGGAAAAGGAAGAAGAGCAGGUUGAAAGAUUUGAGAGGCAAACGCUAAAACAACCAGAUGGUGAAGCUUUGAUGGAGACCGGGAGCUCUGGAAAAGUGGGGCAAACAGAGUCAGAUACCAAAGUGGAUAAUUCGUCAGCCUCGAGGAUCUUUGAAAAUAGAUCUGCUGAGGAUGGAGACACAACCUCACAGGAUGGAACCGAUGGGGUAUUAGGGCAGGGGCGUCCGUCAGCUCAAGAGCUGGGCCCUGAGGAAUCACGGGGUGAAGCCACAAUGGACCGAGCCAAAAUGGGCGUGAACAGUGAAGAAUCACUGAGUCAAGAGGCGGCAGGGUUACUGGAGGGAAGGGAAGGCACCAUGAAUGAACCGGGUGAUGACGGAAAGAAAACAGGAAAACCUUUGGAGAGCGGCUUAGAACCGGAGGUGGACACAAUCCAAGAAGAAAUGGAUGAGGAGCAAUUCAACCUUCCAGAAGAAGAGGCUUUUGAUGAAGAGCCCUACUUUGUGGAUUCUGAGGAACAUGAGGAAUUGCUAGAGGAUGAAAAUGCAGUGGUUGCAAGAAUGUUAGGAAGGGAUAAUUUAGGAGGUGCUGCUGCUGCCGAUAAUGAUGAUGAACAGCCUUCAGAUGCUCAGGAGAUGGGAGCAGCCAGUUGGGUGGAAGAUGUGGACCUGCAGAAUGCCACAGAGUUAGAGGACAAUGAAUUUGCAUUUGAGACCCUGCCAACUGAAAGCGCCCAUGAUGCAAAGACCCAGGGUGAGCUGAGCGGGACCAAAGGUGAGAAACGACCAACACCUUUAGAUUUCCAACAACCUGAGGGACUACGUGGCGAAAACCUGGAUCAUAGCUUGGAACGUUCAUCAGAGGUUGGUGGUAAGGUCGCAGGUCACCGUGGGCAAGGGAAGAGCCAACCAAGUGAAGAAAACAUCUUGGAAGAAGAUGGAAGAGACUUGGAAGGCAAAGACCCAUUGAACUCGGCCAAAGUGAAAGAAAAGGAAGAGUUUGAAGAUACAGUUUAUGGCAACAAAAAUACUGACUUGGAAGAUGAAGAUAAGAUAAUUGCCGAUCCGGAGUUCAAUGAGUCAGUGCAACAGCUGACUUUCCUGAAGCUCUACUUUAACGAGGACCAUCUCAAGCGCCUCUAUGGCUACUUUGGCCUCCAACAUUUGUUGGAGCUGGAAGCCAUGUUCCUUGAUCUGGAAGAAGAGCUGAGGGUCACCAAGCACACAAAUACUGGAGGGGAUUUAGAAAAGGCUCUGGACAAUGUUCUAGAGGUGUCGGAGUCUAAGAUCCUUGACCAAAUCGAAAACAUGUUGGAUCAAAGAGCUGAAAUGGAAGGAUUGCAUGUUGAAGAGGAUCCACAUUACGAUAAAGAAACAAUGCUGUUGGAUGACAUCCAGGAGCUACUAUACCAAAUUAGGCAGAAGUACUCAACCAGCAGGGAUAGCACUCUCCUCGCUCCAACAGUGAACACACCACAGGAAGACAAACAGUUACCCAGUGAUGAAUCUCUGGAACCCAGCCAACCAGGAGAGGGAGAGAAGGAACAGAGUUUGUCACAGAGAACUCAGGGGGAGGAGGAGGCCGAGGCAGCAAAGGAACUUCCUUCGUCAAACGUCAUGGGUGAUGCAACACAGCAAAUAGAGGAGGAGGAGGAUGAUGAUGAGGAGAUGGAAGAUGGUGAAGAUGAGAAAGUAGCAAUCCCUCACUCUCCAAACCUCACCGAGAGUGGAGUGCAGGAAGAGGAGCUGCAAGACGAGGUGGAGGGAGAAUUUUCUUCUUCAAACCUAACAGCGAGUUUUGCACGUGAAGAGGGAAUGGGGGAGAAAGGAGAAGAGGUAGCGGCAGGCAAACCACGUGCUGCAGAUAGAGGGCGAGGGGAGGAACCGGCUGAAAAGUCUCUGGGAAUGAAACGCUCUCCAAGCUUAACAGAGAGCGCUGCCCAACACGAGAGAGAGGAGGAACACAGUGAGGAGACCUCGAGAGUACAACAGCCUCCAAACUUUACCCAGAGCGCUGCACAACAAAGGAAAGAGGAGGAAGAGGGCGAGAAGGUAGUAGGCGACGAGACAGAUCAAGCCCCACGUUUUGCAGGAUUCAGCGGGAACAUGUCAAAGGGUCAGGAAGAUUCUCCCUCUGUGAACUCGACCGAGGGAGACUUGCACCCGCUGGAAAAGUGGGACCAGGGCAACGGGACAGAAAGGAAAGUGGGUUCCUUUGAGGCAGGGGGGUACACUGGACCAACCGAGCAAGAGCCGUCUUCUCCGAUAUCCAUCGAGAAUGCUGGGAUGUCCGACAGUGAAGGUGUUGAAAAGGAGGCUCUGAGAAAGGAAAAACAGCAGCAGGAGGCAAAGUUCACAACUCCAGCCAAAGAGAGCGAUGAAAUGGGCCACCGAACGGAGGAACUGGAAACUCGGGAGCCCUCAUUCUCUCUGGACAACACAGUGGUGACGGACAGCCAGCAGCUGCCGUGGAUCAUUGGUCUAUUAGACAGUGUUAUCUCGGUGAUCAAGGAGAAUGGAUGGCCCCUUCUUCAGCCAGUCGCUGAGUUUUUUGUAUCCACCUUACCUGAAGAUAUGAAACCAGGUCCUGAUUUCUAUGGGCUCCCCUGGGAGCCUGUAUUGAUGACUGUCUUUGUUGGCAUCCUUACCUUGCUCAUCUUCUUCUGGAGAACUUGCCUUUCGGUGAAGAGCAGAAGGUAUCAAAUGACAGAAAAACAACUGUCUGACAAAAUUCAACAGCUUAUUCAGGAGAAAGCGGAGGUUUUGGAUAAAGUAUCCACUUAUGAAAAUAAGUUGCAAGAAGCCAAAUAUGUGAUGGAAGAUGCCCAGAAGGUGAAUGCAACUGUGUCUGAUGAGAGCAAAGAAAUUCGGGAGUCAUGCCGUGAGCUUGAGCAAGUGAACCUCCAUCUGGAGAAGCGGGUGAAAGACCUCCAGGCUUCUUUAGACAAAGAGAAGCAGCAGAGCACCAAACAGCAGGAUUUGAUUUUAGAAACUCAGAAUUCUGUGAAGAAAUUACAGGAGGCUAUUUCCCUGCAUUCGGUAGAGCUCUCCCAGUUGCAGGAAUCUCUUUAUAAAGCCAAGUCCCGUGAGGAGAGAGCGCAUUCAGACCUGCAGUCAGUGCUGGAAGAAAAUGCUCAGCUCAAGCAGAGCAAAGAUCAGCUUCUGAAAGAGGCAGAGGGCUGGAGCGAGAGACAUGGGGAGCUGAAUGAGCAGAUUAAACUGUGCCAGAAAGCUCAGCGAGACCUGGAGGAAACACUGGUUUAUAAAGAUAAUGAAAUUGAGGUGCUGACAGACUGUGUGAUGCAACUCAGGCAGCUCGAUGCUGAUUCUGACAACGACGUUGGCUAUGGGUGGGACAAAGAGGUGGAGAGCGAGAUGCCUAAUGGUGAGCCUCCAGACAAAACCAAGAGGGCUAAAAUGAAGAUUCAGCAAAUGAUGGAUGUUUCGAGGGUAAAAACCACCCUGAAGAUAAUUGAGGAAGAACGUGACCAUUUCCAAGCCAAGCUGUGUGAUGAGAUAAAAGCCAGGCAUGAAUUGGAGGAGCAAAUCCAGCAGCUGGAGCAUGACUAUGUGUCCACGGGGACAGAGAGGUCCAGGCUGGAGAACGAGUUUAAAACCAUGCAGCAGAAGCUGGAGAUCCUAACCGAGCUCUAUCACCAGAAGGAGAUGGCCCUGCAGAAGAAACUGACGCAGGAGGAGGUCCAGCGCCAGGAAAAGGAGCAGAAGCUGUCGGUGGCUGAUGAGCGGGCACUUCAGGCUGUAGAGGAGGUGAAGAUGUACAAGCAAAGAAUUCAAGAGAUGGAGGAGGAGCUGCAGAAGACUGAGAGAUCGUUCAAAAAUCAGAUUGCUACACACGAGAAGAAGGCUCAUGAAAACUGGUUGAGCGCACGUACAGCUGAACGAACAUUGACCGAAGAGAAGAGGGAGUCUGCCAAUCUCAGACAGAGGUUAAUUGAGUUGAACCAAAAGCUUUCCCAGAUCCAAAGACCUUCGAUUAUCAAGCCCACGCCGGGAAGGCCGGACAGGCAGGUCCCACCUGGAGCACCUCCGCCCCUCGGAGUGCCACGGAGAGGUCCACUAUCGCGGGAUGAUUCUUACGGUCCGUCCCCAGUCAGUGGGGGGGCGCCAUCACCCCCACUAAUGAUGGAACUCCCUGGACGGCCUCCCUCCGUCAAUGCAGGACGUGGCUUCCCCCGAGAUCGGGGUGAUGCAGCCCUGCGUGGCCCGUCUGGCCCCCCGCCCCCUCGGGAAUGGACUGGCCCUGGCUCGGACCGCCUUGGACACUCGUCUGAUCAUGGCUCCCCCCCACCUCCCUGGGACAGGCGACUUCCGGGACCCCCAGCAGGUCCCAUUGAUGGACAUCCUGGGCCAAGACGACCUCCUUCAGAAUCAGGGCGGAUUUCUGGUCCGGGUGAGAUUCACAGGCAGCCAUCCCCCAGUAGAGCAGCAGAGAUGGGCCCUGGUGGACCUGGACAGAUUCCUAGCGGCCCGCGGACAUCUUCGCCAAACUUAACGGAUGGUGGAACUCAAAACCUUGUUGCUAAGCCUGAGGUGCCUGUCCCCUGUUCCUCUAGCCUGUCCCCUUCUGUGGAAUCAGAGGCAAUGAAUCCAAACUCGCUGUCAUUUCCGAGCCCCCCGAUGAUCAGAGCAGGACUUUUGCCAGGUCCCCGGCACAGAGGUGCUCCACCACCACGCGGCCCCUAUGGACCAGGUCCACUCCCACCAAACCACAUGGUUGGUCCAAUAAUUCCAAGAGACUACCCUCCUGGCCCAUUUCCACCACCGCCAGGCUCUGGUCAUUUUGCUCCUGGUCCCCCUCUGCCCCCACACACUCUGAGAGACUUCCCACCACCACACCUGCUGAGAGACUUCCCUCCGCUGGGGCUGAGAGGAUUCCCGCCUGGACCCCGCAGUGUGCCACCAGGACCCACCCCGCCACCAGGAGUUAACAGAGACUUCCCGCCAGGCCCUGAUGUCCGUCGAUGAUUGACACCUCCCCCUAAGCCUCAAAACAGAUUUACAACACAUGUGAAAAGACAUGUUAAUGAAUCUUUGCCAUGAAAUUAAAAAAAGAUUGCCAAUUCCAGUCCAAAAAUGUAAUUACUUAUAGGAAAUGUCACUGUCUGUGUGGUCCUUGUGUGACAGAGGGUCAGGCAUACAGUCACUGAUGCAGGAUAUUUUUUAAAAAAUGAAAACCUUCAGAGUAUAGGAUGCUGUAACUUCUGAUUUAGAAAUGAAAGUGCUUCCAGGAGGACAUUUUCAAAUAAUUAAGUAUACAAUGUGUGAAAAAAGUAACUAGUCUGCAAAUCAAAAGCAGUUUUAAUUGUGCAAUAUUGAAGGUACCUGUGUUUAGUGUAGUGUAAAAAUCCCCUGCUCAUGUGACAUGUUUUGAGGCCUUUUUUAAAAAAAAAUGGUUGCAAAAAAUAAAAUUAAUGACUUUUCCUGUGGAAAUAGACUAAUCAGAGCUGCCCUCACUACCUGCCACAAUGCUGGCAAUAUCCACACCUUCCAGUAAUUCACAUGUAAAGAAAAUCUGUAUAAACAUUUCAACAAACCCUCUCAUCACAUCUGUCUAAUUUUCUGUGUAGGAAACACUUGAAAUCCCUGUACAAUUAAGGCCAGAUGUAACUUAUUUUAUUAUAUAUUCUGAGAAAAUUUAUUAAUAAAGGAGGUUCAAAUGA